GAAAAUUCAUGCAUCGAUUGCUAACAACCCUAUUUCAAAAGCUCACUAAAUAGUUCUACUUGUGUGUAAAAUUGCUAAAAUGGUGAAAUUUUUUUAGAAAAUAAAUAAUGCGUGCAGUGUAAUGUUUAAGGUUGUACAUUAUGUGAUCAAAAUUAAAUAUGUCUUAAAUGUGAGGCAAACUUAAGCUUAGACAUUUCGUUAAAUUAAUGCAUUCUUAAAAAUAACAUUUGUAAAGAAUAAUAAUUCAUUUAAGCUCCAUUCACUAAAAAUGAGUGCUUCUAGAGUUGUCCUUCAUCCUAUUACCAAAAUUUCUAAACCUAAAUAUGUGAAAAAAUGCUUUAAUGCAUUUAAAUCGAUAAUAGUUUGAGGUCACUUGAUGAUAGGGUAUUAUAGAUAGAGUAUAUAAGCAAUAACUAAUAUUUAGUUAGAGCUAACUAAUGCAAUUUUGCUCUAGUAAAUCAAGAUUGGAACAUAAUCAAUUUGUAAAUUUUAUAAAAUAUGUAAGAUUACAAAGGUUAAUAUAUGAUAAAUGGCUAAGAAUAGUUUCAAAAGAGCUUUAUUAUUAGAUAAUAUGGAGGUUGUACUGCAGGAAAUACUCUGAUCCUUAUGAACUUUACUAAUUUAUAAAUCUUAUUUUAAUAGGCAGAUAUGGAUUAAGAUUAUUUUAUCUUAUUUGUUGACUAAGAAAAUCAAAUAGUUUUCUUGAAGUCUAAUUAAUAUAAGGACAUAUAAUGGUUUGAUGUUGUCACAUUAAAAUUCUAAAAAAUAAAGUUUGAUUAUAGUGUAUUAGCUAUUUUCAAAAUGCAAUAGAACGGAAAAAUAAUUUAUAAUUUUUAAAUAAGUUAUGCUCAAAUCUAGGUAAAAUUCAAUCAUAUUUUUUACAAAAAGAGUUGA